AUGAUGGUUCAUUUCUCAGCCAUUUUCAGUUGUUUUGGCCUCUCAUCAUCUUCACCUUCUUGGGCCCCCAAUGUUGAAAAAGUCACUGAUGCAAAACAACAUAGUCCUAAAAAAUUAGAGCGCAAAACAGAAUCAUCCGGAGCUCCCAUUGUAGUUUCCUACUUUCCUGUUAAUUCUUACCGCUCUCUUCUGUCUAAGGAAGCUGCAGUAAGCAACACUUUGAAUAUUCUGGUCAACGCCAUAAGUAAAAGUCUGUUUAAAACCAUCAUUCAAGCAGCCAAACACAGGUAG